CGCGUAUUGAAUGGCCCAGCCUCCUCUGAUGUUGCAUUCUUCUGCAUGUCACUUUCUUCCCUUACAUGGUCUUGGGAUAUUUUUUCCUCCUUAUUUAUCUUCUGUUCAGCGUUUCUUCCUGCAUUAUUGUGUACGUGGUGUCUUUGACUACGAUUCCUCGUGCGUUGGUCGGAAUCUCGAGUGACUUGCAGGUACCCGUUUAUUGUUUUGAUCGACAGUCUCUGGCUUUGGUUUACCUCUCGUUAUUCUUCACUCUGUACACUGGAUUCUCGUCGCAUCAUAGUCGCUCUUGAUUGACAGUCGAAGUCAUCGCGACUCCCUAUCUACUGUCUAUCGCGCAUUCCAGAACCCACCGAUCGAUCGCAUCCACCAACCACCACCAUGAUCGGAAGCCUCUUCUUCAUCUUCAACCGUAUGGUGGAGAUCACCUUUCUCAUUCCCAUCAUCGGAAUGCUGGCCUACUUCGUCGACGGCUACCUCAAAGCCAACCAAAUCACCCCGUCUUACAUCCUCGUCCUCUUCAUCGUCAGCGUCAUCGCCGUCUUCUGGGCCAUCGACACCCUCAUCCGCCACUCAACGACCAAACGCUCCGCCGCCUUUGUCGCCUUUGUCGACCUGCUCUUCUUCGGCGCGUUCAUCGCCUCCGUCUACCAGCUUCGUUUUAUCGCCUCUGCCAACUGUACCCACUGGCGCGCAGGCACCGUGACGAUCUCGCUGGGCCCGUUCGGGGUCCACGGCGAGCGUACGGGAAACCCGCUUGCGGUGGAUAUUAACAAGACCUGCGCGAUGCUGAAGACGUGUUUCGCGCUGGGGAUUAUGGAGACGGUUUUCUUCUUUUGGACGGCGAUUCUGGCGAUGUUUCUGUAUCGUGGGCAGGAGAAGGAUGUCCCUGUGAGACGGAGGAGCCAUAGUAGUCGACGGGGACACUCGUCGCAUCGGAGACAUAGUAGUGGGUCGCAUAGUCGGCCGCAUUAUGUUGUUUGAUUGGGCUUAUUAUGUGUGAUGACAUGACGAUGUUUUGAUAUGAUGGGGAUGCCUGUUGGCCGAUGGUUGGCUAUGACUUAUGCUUAUGCUUAUGGAUUAUGGACUUACGGACUUAUGAUGAUGUUGGACUGAUCUGGUUCUAUUUGUUUCAGCUGGUAAUUGAAGAGUUUGAUAUCCGUUGUUAUUAAUUCAUUAAUGUACAUGCU